AUGCCUAUCAACACCGGCUCCUCCCAAGAUAACGGCGUCACCGGCGCUGCCAAGUUCGUGACUUCCACCCUGGGUAACACCGUCGGUGGUGUAGCCCGCACUGCGGGCGGUGUGACUGGUGCCGCGGCGCGCGGAGUCGGCGACACGAUCACCAGUGCGACGGGCAGUGCUGGGAAACCGGUGGGUGAUGCGAUCGGAAGUGCGGGGACGGGAAUCGAAGAUGGAACGAAGAAAGUUGCUGGGGGUGGAGAAUGCUGGACAGUGGAAGUGAGAAACCUCCGACGUGCUCGCAAAGCCCGAUUCGUUUCCAUCAUGCCUGCCAAACGACACGCGGCCUCAACUACCUCCGCGGCGGUACCCGUUUCGCCCGCGACGCUGUCCUCUGGCCCUCCCACCUUGAAGACCAACGCAUCGGCCGUGGCGAUUGCCCAAAAUGUCUGGGAACAAUAUGCUGCGACGACUCCGCAGCGUACAUUGCUUCUGGACGCCUUCAUGGCCUUCCUUGUCCUAGUCGGCGGCCUCCAGUUCUUAUACUGUGUCUUGGCUGGAAAUUAUCCUUUCAACGCUUUCCUCAGUGGCUUCAGCGCAGCUGUCGGCCAAUUUGUUCUCACGGCCAGUCUUCGAAUGCAGACCAGCGACAGCGGCUCGACAUUGUCCAGCAAGCCCAGCUCCAAGGGGAAAAACGCUCGCUUUGCAGAUGAUGAGAAUGAAGGACAGAGCUCGGGUAUUUCGCAUGAGAGGUGA